AUGGACUCUCUCGUGCUGCUGGCAGCGUCCCUCGUAGAGGGCUACCUUCUCCAACACAGUUUACUCCCCGACUGGGCCUUUCGCAGUGUGACGCUGCUCGCACUGGCAGGCAAUCUUAUUCUCCGAUUUGUCUGGGGGUUCAUUAUCUAUCCAUACUUUGUGAAUCCAUUGCGUCAUCUGCCUACCCUACCGGGCAACCUCAACCAUGCGCGCGUCCUCUUCGACGACCCCCGCGGCCGUCUCCCACUGCAAUGGAUGAAAUCCAUCCCCAACAAUGGCCUCAUUCAUUUCCGCGACAUUCUCAACCGCAGCUUCUUGAUCGCCACGAGCCACCAGGCCCUCCUGGACAUCAUGAGCACCAACACGUAUGACUUCGAGAAGCCCUGGCGCACUCGCGAAUUUCUAGCACGGAUCAUCGGCUUCGGGCUGAUUCUGUCCGAAGGGAGUGCACAUAAGAAGCAACGUCGGGCGUUGACGCCGUCGUUCAACGUCCGGCAUAUUCGUGCGCUGUAUGCGCUGAUGUGGGAGAAGACGGGGUUAUUGAUGGAUGAGCUGCAGAAAGAGAUGGAUGCGAAUGACUCGUGUGUGGAGAUGAGUGUUUGGGCGAGUCGUCUAACUCUAGAUAUCAUCGGCCCCGCCGCCAUGGGCCGCGACUUUCGCUCGCUCCACAACCCCGAGAACAAAGUCGCCGACAGCUUCCUCGCCAUUUUGGAGCCAACCCGCGAAAAGAUUGCCUUCUUGGCAGUCAACGUUCUCCUCCCGCAGUGGUUUGCCCGGAAGCUACCAUGGCGCAUGAACAAGGUUAUCGACACAGAGACAGGCUUCCUCCGCGACCUGUGCAAGGACAUUGUAGCAGAGAAGAGAGCCGCGAUGCUCCAGACGAAAGCCACGGCCGCAGAACUGGAAGCGGACAUUCUCGGCACGAUGAUGCUAGGGGGUGACUUUAGUGAUGAUGAGCUGGUUGAUCAGAUGCUGACGUUCCUUGCUGCUGGUCACGAGACCACCGCCAGCGCCUUCACCUGGGCCUGCUACCUUCUCACGCUACACCCAACAUACCAGCCCCGUCUGCGAGACGAGAUCCGUUCCCGUAUUUCAACAGGAUCGUCACCUAUCACCCACGCAGACCUUGAAUCCCUGCCCCUACUGAACGGCAUCGUCCAGGAGGUCCUUCGCCUGUAUCCCACCGUCCCGCUGACUCUGCGCGAAUCCAUCCGCGACACUACCGUCGCCAAUACCGCCAUCCCGAAAGGAACAAGGAUCCUUCUCUGCCCGUACGCUAUUAAUCGCAGCCCAGAGUUCUGGGGUGAGGACGCGGAUGUGUUCAGGCCAGAGCGAUGGGUGGACACAGAUAAAGAGGGAAAUCAGGUGGUGAAUGGACAUGGAGGAGCCGGGACAAAUUAUGCCCAGAUAACGUUUUUGCAUGGCCAGAGAGCGUGUAUUGGGAAGGACUUUGCCAAAGCGGAGUUGAGGUGUGCGUUGGCGGGAGUGUUGGGGAGGUAUGAGGUGGAAAUGAAGGAUCCAAACCAGGUUAUCCAUAUUGCUGGAGCGGUUACGACGAAGCCGGUUGAGGGGAUGCAUUUGAGGAUGCGGAGGGUGGAGGGAUGGUAA